AAAUUAUACAAUUUUUAUAAGCAGCCAUAUUCAAAAAUAUAAUUUAAUGCAUCAAAUUUUGGAUGACAAAAGGACUGUAAAAUAGUAGACAAAGAUGAUCACUCGAAAGAGUUCUUAAGGGAGCUGAUGAGGAAUCCAUCAAGAGGGUUGUCUGAGAUAUCUUAAGUAUAAGAAAAUGGCAGAAACAUCAACAGAUAAUCUCAUAAUUGUGCCUGUUUCUAAAUCCAGCCAAAUAAUUAAAGAUAAAGAAUUAAAGAGGUAGUUCUUCAAGUUUGAUAUGCCAUUGCAGCCUGCUUUACUAUAAGCCUACUUGUAUACAUUCCAGUAUGGAAGCCCUGAGUUUUUCUCCUCAAUCAGUCUCAAUUCAUCAUUCCAAAGAACACAUGCAUAUUCAACUGUUUAAAAAUUAAAAUGACCAGAACUGCAAAAAAUAGCACUGCACCAUAAGACCACAAAAUCACCAUGCAUAUUGAAGAACUGAUUAAUACAUUAUCAAAUACCUAACAAAGAUAUGAAAGUUUUCUUAAACCUCCAAAAGAAAUUUAAUAGUUGGGAAAUAAGUGUCAUAUAAAUAAAAUGAGUACAAUCUAAUUUAUUACAUUUCAAAAUAAUGAGGAUAUUUUAAGAAAAGACACAUCCUUCUGGUAUAGAAUUUCAAAUUAGGAAAAAUUAUUAUUAAGUAUUAGGUUGGUGGAUUAUUCACCAUAUUACCUACAGAUAAUGGACCACUGAUCGACCCACCAGAACUUCAUAGACAAAUUGCACACAGGGCAAAAUAUUAGCUGUAGAAUGUUCACUUUGGACACUUAAAUUUUGAAACUGGUAUAUUUUUUUUGCACUUUUACUAAUAGUGUUUUCAGAUAAUGAGUAUGUUAACUUGGGUUUAAAUUUUUUUGAAAUAAAUUGCUAUGAAUUAGAUGCUAGUGCAUGGUAGUAGUGCUAAACUAGAUAGGAGGUUUUGUUUUCUUCGGUUCAUGAUCAGGUUACCUUCACUUUGGCAUAUUGAUGUUUUUGGUCUUAUGCUUUUAGGAUUGGAUUAAAAAAUAUAAGAGAAAACAUAUAAAAAAUUGAAUGAAUUGAUUAUUUGCUAACAAUAAAAAAAAUAAAUACAAAGUUGUAAUGUUUUUCUUAUCAAUGAAAUACAUAAAGGAAUGGGAUUUAGGUAUUAUAAAACUAUCUACAAUUUAUCAAAGGAUGUGUUAUGGAAAUUAACUAGGUUGUUAUCAAUAUUCUUUCUAAUUUUAUAACAAAAUCACAUGACAAAAAUUAUUAAAUUCAAUAUUGUGUGAACCUUGAUAUUGGAUCAUUUUCAUAUGAUACUAGACACCAUUGGUGCCCUUUAGCAUUUCUCUUUUCAAAAUAUUCUCAUCCCAAUUUUUUCAUUUUUUUUACAUUGUUGGCUAAUAUAUUUGAUUCCAUGGUCAAGUUUGAAACAGCUUGCAUGCAUAAUACUCCACAAAACUUAUUAGUACUUCAUCUCUUCUUUCCAUAUCAUCAGACUGAUCGAGGCCAUUAGAGUUAUCAUGUUUCAUUAGUAUUCUCCUCUUCUUCUGAAAUCUGAUUCUAUUUACCACCUUGCUUCUAAGACUCUUGAGAAUUUUACGUGGUGGAACUCUUGCAAUUAUUAUUUUUUUAAGUAUUUUUUUUAUCUUGUAACUUUUUUUCUCCUCUUGAAAAUUUUCUCACUGGAUUGUGGUCUAGAAGUUUUUGCUAGGCUUUGAUAUAUUAGUUUUCUUUCGACAAAGAUAUAGUUAUCCCUAUCUGGGUGUUCAUUUUGUUUUCGUUUCUUAUUUGUAGUCCUUGAUUCUAACUUGGUGUUAUUCUCAUUUUUACCCAAAAAGAAAAAGAAAAAAAAGGCAGGAAAACAAUAUAUUUGUCUUAGUAAUAAGCAUGAAAAGAAAUCAUCUUUUUAUAUUGACUUACAUCACUCUUCAAUCAAAGUGUAGGACAUAAAGAAAAAUGGAUAACUCUUAUUUUUUAUAAAAUUUCAACUAAAUGGGUGACAACAAAUCACCAAAAUGAGGCCAGAAUAUUUCCCUAUCUAAAUGAAGGGUCUGAUGUAUGUUUCCCAAAUGUGAUACAAUAAGUGAUAGAGUAGUUGAAACAUGAAGCAAUAUACUAAACCAAAACGAAAUGAAUAUAAUUUAAUAUAAACUUGAGCAAGGUAGUUAGUGUUUUGUAGGCCUUAAGUUGGGUCAUGCAAUAAGCCUCCUCUCAUCAUUACCAACUCAUUUCCUUGUGUAAUUAGUUAAUCUCUUUCCUCUAAAAUCCACCAAAUACUUUUAAGAAUCAAUCAAUAAAGAUAUUAUUAUUCCUUUAGGGAAACAAAUACUACUCUUAGGACUACUACUACUACUCAUUCAUGUACAAUCAAAAACAUCAUCAUACUACUAAGGAAACGACAUAAGAAUUUCUACUUUUUCAGGCUUUUCCACUAAGUUAGAACUGUCACCCUUUCAUCUUAUAUUGGGAACAACUGAAUUUUCUUUUGCAAAUUUGUUUACGUAUAGUACUUUUCCAUUUCUAGUCCAAAGUUAUAGAGUAGUUGAAACAUGUAAGAAUAUAGAAAUCCCAAGCGAGCGAAAAACUUCAAGGUAGUUAAGGUUACAAACGCCACACUCUUAGGUCAUGCAAUAUGCUCUCAUUCAUUAUAACUAACUUUAUAUAUUUAUAUAUAUACUUUUUAAUAAUAAUGAAUUCUUUCCUCCUGAAUAUUCGCUUAUAUAAUCUUCCUUAACAAGAAAAAUUAGAUAUAAUAAUAUUAGUUUAUAUAUGAAAAUCUCUCCUUCUUCCAUGCUUAGGCUGCAGUUCACCUACCAAUAUAAGUUGCUCCCAAGCUGGAAAAAAAAUAUACAUGGAAACCUUUUUUGGCUAUAACUUAUAAAAGGGUCUAAGUUGUUUUAUUAUUAUUAUUGUUAUUUUUGUUUCUUUCUUAGUUUGCUGAGAUGGGUAAUUUGGUAUGAGGUGGGGAGUUGUCUGAGCUUGAACUUGGUGCAACUAUAUCAGCUUCUGUCACCUGAAGUUUGUAUGGAGACUUUCCUUUGUAUUUUCUGCUGCCUUAUAGUUUUGCUUCUUCCACCCUGCCUAUGCUUUUUCAUAUGAAUACUUAAUUCAGUCAGAAGUAGUGGCCAUAUUUAUCUUGAGAACAAAAGGAGGCAUUGCUACCUCUCUUGGUGCUUGUAAUAUGGACCUGAUUAUGCAGUAUCUGAUGGAGAGGCUUAGAGCCCUUGUGGGUUUGAAAGGAUGGGAUUAUUGUGUUCUCUGGAAACUAAGUGAAGAUCAAAGGUUUAUUGAGGGGAUGAGAUGUUGCUGUGCUGGGACUGAAAACACACAAAAUGGUGGAGAAGAAGAGCUUAUUUUUCCAGUUUCUCCAGUCCUUCCAUGCAGGGAUACCAUGUGUCAGCACCCAAGAGUCAAUUCUUGUGACCUUCUUGCCCAAUUGCCAACUUCCAUGCCUUCAGAUUCAGGAGUUUAUGCACAAACCUUGGUCUCCAACCAACCCAGCUGGUUAAACUUUUCUACUGUCACAUGCUCACAUGCACUUGAGGAAUCUAUUGGGACCAGGGUUUUAAUUCCAUUGCCAGUUGCAUUGGUAGAGCUUUUUGUGAAUAAACAAAUAUCAGAAGAUCAAAAUGUGAUAGACUUCAUCACAACUCAAUACAACAUUUUAGUGGAGCAAGAAGCCCUGAUUAACACAAACAAUAUGGAUACAAGCUUUUGUGAGAAUAUUAAUGCAAUGAGUGAAAUCCAAUCAAGGACUUUUUUAGGCAAUGAAAUUGACAAAAUGGAUCCCAACAAUCAUCUGCAGCCACCAAAUGCUACUGCAUUUGAGAACCUAAACAUGUCUUAUGACAUAUCUGUGGACCGAACUCGCCUAUGCAGUUCUCCAAUGAACUUGCAGCAAUUUGGUUACAAUUCUGAAAGUAGGAUGAGGAACGAUGCUGCCUUUUCUGAAUGUUCUCUAGAUCCAUCGUCACAUCCGGAUAAGCAUUUGGAUUCUUCACUGGAUGCUAUGCAGCCAUCCAUGAUGAAUGACACAGCCAAUAUGCAUAUGCAAUUUAUGGAACAAGUAACAGCAAACAAGGAGCAGAAUGGCACUGAAAAGGACUUGAACAAACAGGAUGAAGGAAGAUCAAAUUCAGUCUCGGAUUGCAGUGAUCAGAUUGAUGAUGAGGAAGAUGGAAAGUAUAGAAGAAAGUCAGGAAAAUCAGGUCAGUGCAAGAAUCUUGUUGCGGAGAGAAGAAGAAGGAAGAAGCUUAACGAAAGGCUCUAUACACUUCGGUCUUUGGUCCCCAAAAUUUCUAAGUUGGACAGAGCUUCCAUACUUGGGGAUGCAAUUGAAUAUGUAAAAGACUUGCAGAGUCAAGCAAAAGAGCUUCAAGAUGAGCUAGAGGAGCAUUCAGACAGUGAUGGCCAAAAGAACACUAACAUUAAUGGUAAAAGAAACAAUGUUCUGUCUGAGACUUUGAGUCGCGACGACACUAAUUUCAGGUGUAGGCCUGAGCAUGAAAAAGUUCAAAAUGAAUUUCAUUUGGAAACAUCAGGGAGUGGAAGCAUCUCAAAGCAGAACCAAGAGUCAGAAACAACUAAUGACAAGGCACCACAGAUGGAGCCUCAAGUGGAAGUGGCUCAGAUAGAUGGAAAUGAGUUCUUUGUGAAGGUAUUCUGUGAGCACAAGCCUGGAAGAUUUGUGAGAUUGAUGGAGGCCUUGAACUCUCUAGCUCUUGAAGUAACUAAUGCCAAUGUUACUACAUUCAGAAACCUGGUUUCCAAUGUUCUUAAAGUAGAGAAGAAGGACAGUAAAAUAGUAGUCCAAGCUGAUCACUUGAGAGACUUCUUGCUGGAGCUGACAAGGAAUCCUUCUAGAGGUUUGUCUGAGAUGUCUAAAGCAUCAGAUAAUAGCAGCAGCAUUGACUAUCAGCACCAUCAUCACCACCAGCCUUCUUAUUAAUUUCAUAAUUAAGUUACAGUUCUUCAAAUGAGAUAAGAACUCACUUCACUUCAAGCUUACAUAUAUAAUGUUUUAAAGGGAAUUAUUCUUAACUGCAAAAUGUCUACUGAAUAAUCUAUUAAUUUUUAAUAUAUACCAUAUAUAUUUA